AUGUUGAGAAAUCUGCUUCUUCUAACUCUGGCGUCUUUCGCUUUGAGCCAAGAUGUUCCGCCUACGAAUGCCAGUGCCACUGAUGAUGAGAUGGGGCCUGCCGCCUUCAUGUGGCCUCCAGACCGUGUCUGGUCGGGAGAUGUAGAUAACCGGGCUCCCUGUGGCUCACGUACCAGCGCUGGCAAUAGAACCGAGUUUCCCUUGACUGGCGGUGCCAUAUCCCUCGUCGCACAAGACGAUUACUACAACAGCAAGAUCAGUAUCUCGUAUAAGGAUGAUCCCGCCUCAAACAGUGACUUUCAAACCCUCAUCCAGGACAAAUCUAUCGCAGACCUAAACCCUGGGCACAGCUGCGUUCAAGUCCCCGAUGCUCCAUCCAGCGUCUCAGCAGGCGACAACGCAACAAUUCAGAUCAUCUACAAAGCUGACUGGGACGCUCCUCAUAACCAAACCUUCUACGCCUGCGCGGACAUUACGUUCGUCUCAAAGGCUGACUUUGACUUCAGAAUUCCUUGCUUCAAUGCCACUGAGCCGGGUGAUGAUGAUAAAGCAGCUGGUGUAACGGGUGAAGCUAACCCUACUGCUACGCAUUUACAUGACGCGUCCGAAAGCUCUGAAGCUGCGGAAAAGAGUAGUGGCGAGGGCGGUUUGAGUGGGGGAGCUAUUGCUGGUAUUGUGGUUGGCUCUGUGGUGGGCGUCUUGUUGAUUGCUGGUGCGGGCUUGUUCUUCUGGCGAAAGAAGCAGCAGGCAAAGAGGAACUCGAGGAUUGCGCGCAUGGAGGAUAAUGCGAGGAAGCAUCAGCUUGCGACAGACGGUUCACAGCCCAGUCUGAAUGCCUAG